CUGCAGUAACCUUGUUCAACUGAUCAAAGGUGGAUAAGCAAUUUCGCUUGUUUAUUGCCUGAAGUAUUUGUCAGAAGGAUGCAAGUCUCACCUAACUCAAUCAUCUGAAGGAAACAGUGAGUAAACUCUACUCGGUUACACCGCUUGACGUCACCACAGUCACGAACACCCCGGGUGUGUGUGUGGCAGUCUGUCAUACCUUGAUGGCUCCGACACACAAAAGAGAGUGUGCCCUGUGCACAGAAGAAUUCGCGACACCAAAGAUUCUACCCUGUGGUCAUCUCCUGUGUCGACAAUGUAUCAUUUCCUGGAUGGACUCCAAACCAGAUGCCGGGUGUCCGCUGUGUAGAUGUCCUAUAGUAGAGCAGUCAGAUGGAAGUUCGUCCGCCACUGUUGACGCCCUGCCGACAGACUUUGUGAUGGAAGCGCUGGUGGAGAGCGCUCGUGUGCUGAGUAAAGAUCACCUUUGUUGUGUGUGUGAGGACGUCAGGGCGGACUUCAUCUGUCUGCAGUGUCAAGACAUGAUGUGUCCAGCGUGUACAAAGGCUCAUAAAAAGUUUUCGGGAACCCGGAGUCACGAUGUGGAGAGUGUCAGCACUGUGACACCUGAACGUCUGGCUGCCAGCCGCCCUGCACUGUGUGCUGACCACGGCGACAAACACGCGGAGUACUACUGCUUCAAGCACCGCCUCGCUGUCUGCUCAGCCUGUAAGGCUAACAAACACAAUGUAUGCCCGGAAGUAAACUAUCUUGACAAUGAAAUCGAUUCAGCUCAAAAUUUACUAAACGACUUGACAAAGAUUCUGGUAGAAGCGGAGCAGAAACUAGAGCAGGCUAUAGGUCAGGUGACGUCACGUUUACAGGAAGUUGAUGUCAGCGAACAAGAAGACUUGGCGCAGGUAGACAAGACAUGUGACCGUCUUUACAAAAUGGUGGAAGAUUUCCGUAAUAAUUUGAAGGAAAAGACUCGCACGUCACAUCUUAAAAUCAGGAAUUCAUUACGUGACGUCAAGACUGACCUUAGCAACCGUCUAGGGAAGAUGACGUCACACAAACACAUUGUGACGCGAGCCACGUCAGUGUCACCACGUCCUGCACUGAUACACAUGACUCUGACUCUUGCUCUGACAUACAGGAUCAACAGCCUUGACCUCAGCACCUACUUGCAAAGAGAGUUGUGGGAGAAGCCCUUGUCUAGUGUAGAAUGUUGUAAGAAACUUGUCAGACGGAUACAACAGGAGCUACUGAUGUUGGAGCAGCAGUGGACAGUUGCAGAGCUGGACCCACAGCCACCAAUCCUUGUCUUCCACGACAACUGCGGAACCAACAUUCGUCUGACGAACGGUAACAUUACCGCGGAGAAGAUAGAUUCCCAGGCCUACUGUAACGUGGUGGUUGUGUCACGUGACGCUAUGGUGGCGAACGUCUUGUAUGAACCAAAUCGUGACACUGUACUGUUGACGCAGGUCAAAGUUGACGAAGUAACAGCAACAGAGAAUACGUUAUGCGUAGGAGUGACGAGAACACCUCCUGCGUGCCUCGAUAUAACGAGGUUUUCCGAAGACCUAGAAGACUCCAGCAUCAUCGGAGUCAAUGGGAUCAGCCAUCAGGAAAGAUUUGUGAGUUUCCAUGGCUACAAGUGCAAGCAAAUGACCUUGUGGUUUCGUAUCCAUGUGUUUAGCACGAUAGGAGACAGUCUCAGGAGACUGCAAGGCGGGAGUCGAGUCGGGGUCCUGGUGGACUCAUUUAACGACUUUCACCUCUACCUCGACGGACAGGACCAGGGGAUUGUAGCAACGGAUAUCCCACCGCCCUGGUUUGCUGUCUUUGAUAUUUGCGGUUCAAUCACUAAGGUGACAGGCCUUCCUAUAUCUUAAAAAGGAACAAGAAGGAUAUAGGAGAACAAGAAGGUUGAGACAGUAAAGCGCGAAUGUCUUUUCGAGUGAGGACGCCAUCAACCUGACCGUUAAUACUACCAUUGGCUGCUUAAAAUCUAUUUUCUUCGUUAACCUGUUUCCUUUAAAACAAUAAGAUGACAAGCUCUUUCGUACGUGGUUCUUGUUUUCAGUUUAAUACAUGAAAAUAAAACUGUAAAGUAAUAUUUUUGUACACGUUUAUGAGUUGCCUCCUGUAAUAUAUAUAUAUCAAAUACACAAAGAAGAGAAGAGAAACAUCUGAUGAAUAAAAAUGUCGCGCACACACAUACACACGGACACACCGCCAACUCCACGCCUGUUCAAAUGAGCGAACCCGUGGUUUUCAUAUUGGUAAUGGAAUAAACAUAUUUGUGCAACGAAUAGUUUAAACUGGGCACUAAAAAUUAUAAAAUAUUUUCGUCGUCCUAUGGAUUCCCAGAAAAUAAUAAGAUUUAUUUCCUAGUCAAUUAACAAAAUAAUUGCUUUCUGUUAUAAUGACUUUUAAUUGCUUCUUACAAUCUCAUCAUACUAAACCUCUCUUUAAAUUAAAUUUAAGGUUUAUUUAUGAAACUUUAAAAAAGAUUGAUGAUAGCCAUCAACAGGCAAAGCUUACAGUAGAACCAACUGCGGGGAGUUCUGUGUAGUUGUUCUUGUCACAACUCUCUUUCGUUUUUGAUAGUCGUUACUAUGCUUUGAUUAAAGGUAUCAUCGACACCUGAUGAAAAAAAAAUUGUGAGCCAAGCAUUAAAACUUCAAAUAAUAACAUUUUCUUAAAUUUGAUCUGCGGCGAGGAACUUUUGUUGAAAUGUCUCGAAAAUUAUUUCUGUUUCGCUAUCUUGCAGACUAGCAUUUAAUUGCAUAUUUCUUUAAGUACUAUUAUAUCAU